CACCUCGUUCUGAUUGUAUUUGUAGCAUCCGGGGCUGCCCUUGGGCUUAAGCCUGCAUUCUGCUGCCCACUGCUGCAUGGGUAAGCACCAGGCCCAGGGACUACAAAUGGAGGUGGCUGAGAAGUAACAAGGGCUGCUGGCUCUUCUGUUAAUUUAAUUGUGUGCGCUUGUGCUCAAGCGCAUGUGCACUGAAUCCAGUCCUCUGCAAGAACAGUUAGUGCUGUUAACUACUGAGCCUUCCUUCCAAUCCGCCACCCCUAAGACAAGACCUCUCAGGGUGGGACAGGUGUGUCAGAAGUUAAGAGUGUUUGCUGCCCUUGCUGAGGACCCAAGUUCGCAUCCCAUCACCCACACAGUGGCUCACAACCACCCAUAACUCCAGUUCCAGGGGAUCCCAUGCCGUGUUCCGACCUCACAUAAACGCAAGCAAAGCAUCCAUACACAUAAAAUGCUGUAAAAAGAUCAGGUCUCAUGCAGCUCAGGUGGCCUUGAACUCACAAAUGGUCCUCCUGCCUCAGCCUCCCACGUGAUGACAGAUGUGUGUCACAGGGUCAGCUGGUUCGCUGUGGCUAGGGCAUCCACCUCUGUGGAGUUGGUCCAGGUCCUUAGCCUGCCUCUCCCCAGUUUCCUACAACUAAACUCUUUGUCUCCCAAUUUACAUAGUGUCCCCUGCCUGGUCCCUCCACCUUAGUCCCUUCUCAGGACCCAGCAGCCUGGGAUCUCUGUCCCUUUGCCGCACAGCCUGUGAGCAGGAGCUGGCACCCCACGGUUCACCUCAACAAUCCCUGCCUCCUAGGGGACAAUCCCUAAAGAAGAGGCUUGAAGGAAAAGAAACUUCACAACAGGAGGAAGGUGGCCAGGCCCAACAGCAGGAAGCCCACAUCCCCACCCCAGCUGAUGUGAGGAAAGAGUUCUACAGUAUAGGAUGUACCUUGCCCAGCACCAUCUUGGUCCUAUUAGACACAGGGCAGAGCCCCGGAAGUCACCACCUGCUUUCAACUCCCCACUCUGUAUGGUCUGGGGCAAAGGAAGGGCUUUGUGUCUCCGGGCCUCAAUUUUCUCAUCUGUGAAGUGGGCACUACCGUGGCUCUGUGGUUUCUGAUGAUAAAGGGACCUACGGAGUGGCCAGGCUCAGAAGCCACUCCCUGUAUGUCUGUGCUGUUGCCAGGGUUCUGUGUGAGGUGCCCACAGCAGCACCUGGUAAAGUGGGUCAGCUAGUGCUGUACCCAAGGGCCAGCCCCAGGCUGGGUGGACUGUUUGACAACUUCAAAAAGCAGGUGCCAACCUGGCCUAUUCAGCAAUGAGGAAGCUGAGGCCCAGAGAGAUGAAGUCACUGAGGCACAGUCACAAAGCUGGGCCACAGAGGAACUAGCAGCUUGAAUCUAUUUAAGAUUCAUUCUGCCUCCUCCCUACCAGAAGAGGUGCCAGAAACCCGGCGUGAGGGUUGCCGUGGGCUCUCCACCCCCUCCUGGGUUCAUCCUGUCAGGGGCACCCAGUCCUAGAGAGCAGCAGGUCGGACGCCUGCCCAAAGGGCGGGGACACACGCAGGAGAACCGGCCGAGCGGGCGCCACUGGGCUCCAACCAGGCCUGCGCGGGGCCACGGGCAGGGAGCUGGGGCCGCGGGGCCACCACCAGGACUGGGCCACUGAAGUCACGGCCCGCCAUGCAGAAGAACUACAAUGUGCACUUCACCAAGAAUGCCCGGGCCCCCAAUGAACAACACUUUUUGGAUCCCGAGUUGGGGCACCAAAAAGGAUGCUGCCGUCAGUGUUACCAGGACCUGGUGGCCACUCACACCCAUGGGCCCUAUCAGCUGUCCCCCCAGGCUCACUGGCAGCAGACCUACCGCAGCCACCGAGGUGGCAGCGGCUGUCGCCGGUGUCCUCAGCCCCUCAUUCUGCAGCGACAGCGGCAGCAGCAGAAGCGACAACCCCCAUCCUUCCCUCCCAGCCCGCAGCGGCAGCGGCUCUGUCCAGUUCGCGGGGCCCAGAAAGGGUCACCUGCGAUCGCCGCUGCCCGCAUGGGACCAGCCAGCGCCCCCCAGCCUGCCACCUCCUCACCCACCGCAGUACCACCCACGGCCAGCAGCGGCCCAGCCUUGCCCUCUGCAGCCGGCGCCCUCCUGGAGCCCAGCGAGCCCACCGAGGCGCGGCCUCUGCCUGCGCCUGCAGCCUGCGGCUCCUUCACCUCCUACGGCGCGGACAUCCUGACAGAGGAUGAUGUCUACUGCAGCUGUCUGGCUAAAACUCUGUGUCACGUGCCCGUCCCAGUGACCGUGGGUUUCUAUGCUCCCUUCGGCUGCCGUCUUCACUUGAUGUUGGACAAAAUCAUGACGCUGAUGCAGCAGGAGGCCGCGCAGCGUGAGAGCGAGGAGCUGCAGCGCGUGCAGUGGCAACCUCGGCCUGUGCGCGGCUGGGGCGUUCCGCAGCUGCUGUGGUUCCUGGUGUUUCUGCAACCGGUGAUCACCGAGCUGCACCUGCGGCGCAGGAACGUGCGCUUCCUGUUCAUCCGCUUCAGCGCCUGGCAGUACGCGGGCACCGACAAGCUGUGGGCAGGGCUGGUGACCACGCUGUGCGAGGGCAUCCGCCACCACUACGGCGCGCUACCCUUCAGCGUGUAUUCGGUGCUGGGCAACAAGCCCUGUGGCCCGCGCGAUGGCCUCUGCCAACGCGAGUGGCACUGCCGACGUCGCGUGUGCCUGGCGUUGCUGGCGCUGCUAGCCGCACUGUGCUUGGGCGUGGGGCUGCUGUACCUGUCUCUGGGAGGCCACGCGCCGGGCCACGCAGAGCGUGGCGUGCUCAAAGCGCUGGGAGGCGCGGCCACCACGCUGUCUGGCUCUGGGCUGCUCAUGGCCGUGUACUCCGUGGGCAAGCAUCUGUUCGUGAGCCAGCGCAAGAAGAUCGAGCGCCUGGUGUCGCGUGAGAAGUUCGGCAGCCAGCUGGGCUUCAUGUGCGAGGUGAAGAAGGAGGUGGAGCUGCUCACGGAUUUCCUGUGCUUCCUGGAGAUUUACCAGCGACGCCGGCUGCGUGUGGUCCUCGAGGUCACCGGACUGGACACCUGCUACCCAGAGCGCGUGGUGGGCGUGCUAAACGCCAUCAACACUCUGCUGUCCGACAGCCACGCGCCCUUUAUCUUCAUCCUGGUGGUGGACCCCAGCAUCCUGGCCGCGUGCCUGGAGAGCGCGGGUAACAUGAAGGGCACAGCGGACAAUGGCUACCUGUUCCUCAACCGCACGGUUACGCUUCCCUUCUCGGUGCCGGUCAUGGGCCGUCGCACCAAGUUGCAGUUCCUGCACGACGCGGUGCGCAGCCGGGACGAUCUGCUGUUUCGGGAGUUGACGAUCAAGCUGCAGCCGCAGAGUCCCGGGGUCUUGGGUGCAGGCGAGGGUACCCAGCUCCUGGCGGUGGAGACUCAGGCAGACACCGAGCGCACGCAGGGCCGCGUGGACGCGGAGGCGGCGCGGCGCAUCCAGGAGGCGCUGUGCUGCCUGCACGACGAGGGUGACUGCCUAUACGAAUACGUGCCCGACAACGUGGUGUCCAUGAGGCGCAUCGUCAACACGGUGCCCAUCACCGUGCGCCUGUUGCAGCAGCAGCAGCACCAGCAGCCGGACCGCGUGGGACCCACGCCGCGCCACGCGGUGGCCUGGGUCGUGCUCGCCAACCAGUGGCCUUGUCGCCUCAGCUGGGUGCUGCAAUGCCUGGAGGACCGGCAGCAGGCAGGGGGCGCGCCCGAGGGGCGCGCGCGUCUCUGGGACGUCUUCUGCGACAACAGUCGCGAGCUGCACACCAUGACCAAGGCCUUGCAGAAUGUACUGGACCUGGAUGGCGACCCCGAGCUUUUUGAGCGCUUUCUGGGUACUGAUUUCCCCUUCACCGUGGCCGACGCGCAGAGUUUACUGCGCUGCACAGUCAACCUGGACCAUUCCAUCCGUCGCCGCAUGGGCCUCAUCAGGGCUGUCAGCGCGCUCAAGCCGCCCAGCCCGCCCAAGUCCCCGUCCCGGGAUGGUCCCCAGGCCGGUCCCAGAGCCACUAUUGCCGCAGGCACGUCCCAGGCGGGUCAAGGAUCAGGACACAGUAGAGAGGCACAUCAGACCCGGGACCGGACCCAUGGGGUCAAGCCAAGGCCAAUGGCCUAAGUCCUUUAAUUUCAGGGGUGUAAAGGCCGCUUGGUUGUGGGGUGGAGAACACCAGCCACUGGGGACAGCAACAUCCUGCCCUCCCUGAUGACGGUGUGAGGUCAGGGCUGGGCUCAAGAGCCAUGGUUUAUGGGAUGGCCACACACUCUGAUGACUUUGGAAGCCAAAGGGAGGCAGGUACUAGCUUCCUGGAUUAGGCUGCUGCUACACCAGUGUCUGAGUGAACGGAGGAGUCGUUGAGGAACACGGGAGUCAAAGAAGCAAUAAAGGAAGCUGUGGAAAGCCAGGGCUGUCUUUCAUGUCCUGGAUUUCUGGCUAGGCGAGGAUGCCAUCCGACCCACCUACUUCCUCCUUAGGGAGCCAGGCCUCUGGACUGCAUCCUGGCAACCGAAGUUGGCAUCCCAGGUGGUAGGAGGCUUGCGGGGGCGGUGGGUGAGGCUGCGGGGGCAGGGAUGAUGAAGGGCGAGGGCAGGUUGACUCAGGCAAAGGGGAGCACCCAGGCCUCAGGGGAUCCCAGGCCUUUGUCCCCACACCCUAGCCUGCCCUCUGUGGGCAGGGCAGGAACUGGCACUUCCCAGGGUGGUGCCUGUGACCUCACCAGGUGGGUCUGAGUGGCACUGCCUUCCUCAGAUAGGCAGGUAACUGUCCGAGAGGAGCGGUUGAGGCACUUGUUUUACAAGUCACUCCUGGGCCACUGGCUGGACCUGGUUACCGACUAAGAAGCCACAUCGCCAGCAGGGAAGUUGAGGAACAGGGAUUGGGAAAUGAGAGAAUAUAGAGUCAGAGCAAAGCCAGGCAGGAGAGCAUGAACUGUUUGUGGCUGGGCUGGGCCCUGCCCAGCUAACGUAGUCAGGGAUCAAGAAUGGGUGUCCCUCCUGUGGGUGGCUCCUGAGACCCCAGUGGCCGAAUAUGCAGCCACACACUCAGGCUGGGGUUUCUCAUCCAGUGUGGUGGGUGGGGAAGAAGCAGCAGAGGUGACCAGGCACUGAAUGACAGAGAUCCCAGGCCCACAUGUGGACAAGUCUUUCACCUUCUGUCCCAGCACUCUAGAAAGAGGCAGAGGCAGGCAGAUCUCUGUAAGUUCCAAUAAGCCAGCCUGGUUUACUGCGUUCUAAGCUAGCCAGGGCUACAUAGGGAGACCCCCAUCUUGGUCAGCCAAUAAAGGUUUUUGCUUCCAA